CAGCAGAGUUCAGAGAAUACGGACGUUUACUGGAAAUGGAAUCGGUCCGUGCUUUCAUUAAAAACACCAAACAAGUGUUUUCAAAUCUGUACAUUUAUUAGUCUGCAUAACCAUUACAUGUGGGACCAGUGACGUGAUGCUGCCACCACCGUGCUUCUGCAUAGUGGGGAUGACACGAUGGCGUCCCCCACUCCUCUCACCAAGGCCAACGCCAUCUUCUCCCUGGAUUUGCUCAGAAAGCUGAGUGAGGACGACAACUCUGCAAACAUCUUCUUCUCUCCCUUCAGCAUCUCCUCAGCCCUGGCGAUGGUGAUGCUGGGAGCCAGAGGAAACACUGCAAUGCAAAUGUCAGAGUGCUUGAACACCCGGGAAUGUCAGGAUGAUGUCCACGCUCUGUUUAACCAACUGCUGAGUGGACUCAACAAGUCAGGGGGCUCGUUUGAGCUCAGUGUUGCCAACAGGCUGUAUGGAGAGCAGUCCUUCCAGUUUCUGCAGGAGUUCUUAACGGAAACCAGGAAACAUUACGACGCAGAGCUGGAGUCUGUGGACUUCAUAACCAGCCAUCAGGAAGCCAGGAUCAGAAUAAACAACUGGGUGGAGAAGCAGACACAAGGGAAAAUCAGGGAUGUGGUGGCUGAAGGUGUGUUGAACGAGAUGUCCAGACUGGUACUGGUCAACGCCAUCUACUUCAAAGGCACCUGGAAUGAACCAUUUCUGCCCUACAAGACGUAUGAUACUGACUUUAAACUCAACAAGAAUGAAAAAAAGAAAGUAAAGAUGAUGACGCAGGAAACUCACGUUCCCUUUGCUUUCAUCCCUGAAGUCAACUGCCAGAUCCUGGAGAUGCCUUACAAAGGGAAGGAGUUGAGCAUGCUGAUCUUCUUACCCAAAGAUAUAGAAGACGAUACAACGGGUCUGGAGAAGCUGGAGAAACAGCUGACCUAUGAGAAAUUCAUGGAGUGGACAGGUGAGCUGACUGUGACGCAGGUCAACGUGAGUUUGCCACGAUUCAAGCUGGAGGAGACGUAUGACCUGAACAGAGUCCUGACCAGCAUGGGCAUGGAGGACGCUUUUGAUGAGGGGAAGAGCGACCUCUCCGGUAUGUCUGGGAACAAGGAUCUGGUUCUGUCGAAAGUCACCCACAAGGCUUUUGUGGAGGUGAACGAGGAGGGAACGGAGGCUGCUGCUGCCACUUCUAGCUUUAUUACACUGAAGUGUGCCACAAUGAUGCCAUAUUUCUAUGCAGACCAGCCCUUCCUGUUCUUCAUCCGCCACAACGCCACCAUGAGCGUUCUCUUUGCUGGGCGCUUCUGCUGCCCGGUGUGAGUGAGUCAGAGUUAAAACAGCUCAACUGUAAAACCGAGACCUGUUUCUGCUUUAAAGACAAAGUUUACUCACAAUGAUACAUGCGAGACAUUUUUCUGCUCUCUGCAAACUAUUUGCACUUUAUAACCAUUUUGGUCAAUUCGUCUAUUCAUAACAUUGCUCCUGCAUGAAGUAAUCUAAUGAUGUCAUCCAAAGAUAAAACAUUAGUGAGAUCAUCAUGUUCCCCCUGAUUUUUCUUUUUAUAUUAUUAUUCUUUUCUCAGUUAAUGUGUUUUUCUUUAUUUGGUUAAUUAGAUUUUAUUUUUACAUUUUAACUAUGAUUUACAUUAUAAUCCUUGACUAUAAUCCUGUUAUAGUUUUCUUCACAUUUAUUUUUUCUUUUUCUUUUUACUCAUUUUAGAAAAUUGCACUAAAUUUGAAUAAAAAUUAUACAUCAGUGUUCGUUCGAAGAUA